UCCUGUAACCCGAGUCUUCGUGGUGCACACAGGAGACGGGUGAAUGCUGCUGGAGAAGAGCCUCAAGCAGCCAGACUAAAGAUUUGAUGAAAUGCUCCUAUUAUGAUACUUUGCAGCCUGUACAAGUUGGUUACCUGAUCUUCUGCUGUACCUGAGCCUCAUUGUUGCAGCUUUUAAUAACUGAAUAUCCAGACGACCGUUAAGGUGCCUUUGAGGAAAGAACUGACAAGAGUCAGUAUUCCCAGCUCAAAAUGGGCAACAAGCAAACCAUUUUCACUCAGGAGCAACUGGAUGCAUAUCAGGACUGCACAUUUUUCACAAGGAAAGAAAUUUUGAGGCUGUUUCACAGGUACCGGGAUCUGGCCCCGCAGCUCGUUCCCCUUGACUACGCGCACAAACCGGCCGUGACACUCCCCUACGAGCUCAUCGGCAGCAUGCCAGAGCUCAAGGACAACCCAUUCCGCCAGCGGAUAGCAGAGGUGUUCUCAGAGCACGGCGACGGCAAUAUGACUUUGGAUGAUUUUUUGGACAUGUUUUCUGUGCUAAGUGAAAUGGCUCCCCGAGACUUGAAAGCUUAUUAUGCUUUUAAAAUCUAUGACUUCAACAAUGAUGAUUACAUAUGCAAAUCAGAUCUAGAGAAAACUGUUAACAAAUUAACCCGAAAUGAACUGACCCCGGAAGAAGUCAGCCUGGUGUGUGAAAAGGUGAUUUACGAGGCUGAUGUGGACAACGAUGGCAAGCUGUCCCUGGCAGACUUCCAGCAUAUGAUCGUACGAGCUCCAGAUUUCCUCAGCACCUUUCAUAUUCGAAUCUGAAUCUAGUCAGCCACGGGGACAGGAGUGCUUCUGGGACUUUCAACAACUGUUACUUCACCUGAGAUUACCAGCCAUGAGAGCACAAGAUGAGAGGGGCAAAGAGGACAACUUCUGGUAACUGAACCAUUCAGAGAACUGUCUUUUGUUUAUCUCUUUAAAAGGAACAAUUAAGCUCUUCAUCAGGAUUUCCCUGUAAUUUAGCAAAAUGUCUACUCCCUCAGGUAGAGCAAACCUGGCCUGGACAGUCAGAAGGGAAGUAAAGAAACUUGUAUCAAACUAUAACCUCUAAAAAUUCACCCCAAAAUGCCUUAAUCAGUAAAAAAAUCCCUUUAGUUUCAAAAACAUAAGUAAUAAUAAAUAAUCCUCUGAUUGUUUAUGGUUUUAAUAAAUGGUCCAAUGAAUCAAUUACUGAAUUAUUCUCCCCCAGUGCAGGAUUUAC